GUGAUUGAAAACAUCAAAACGGCUCUUUACAGAAGGAUUCUUUCUAACAGGGAAAAAGAGUAAGUUCAAAAUUUAUGGCUAAGGCAACGCUGGUUGGAUCUGGAGGUCUCAAGAUCGAUCCCAAGAGCGGAUACUGCAAUACCAAUUGCACCUACUACAGCAAACGAAAGCAAGUAACUUUUCCACAGGAUGAAUAUCUGGACCUCCCAACAUUCAUUUCUUCACAGAAUCACUCUGGCCAAAUAGCUCUCAUUGACUUUGCCACAGGGGAAAAAAUCCCCUAUCGCCAAGUAUGGCAAAAUGUGAGAUCCUUAGCUGCAGGCUUAUUACAGAUGGGUGUCAAGAAAGGCGAUGUAAUUCUCCUCGUCUCCGCCAACUCAGUUCACUUCCCCAUCAUCUCCAUUGCCAUCAUGUCCAUCGGUGCAAUUGUCACCACAACCAAUCCCCUAAACACUGCAAGAGAAAUUGGAAAGCAGGCGGCCGACUCAGAAGCCAUGCUAGCUUUUGUGACACCAGAACUAAGGAGUAAAUUAGCCCACACCAAUCUUCCAUUAGUUCUGAUAUCAACAGAAGAUUAUGUGUUGCCUUCAGAUGUCCAUCAGGCGACAAACUCCAAGAAUGUGAGCAUAAGGUCUUUAACAGAGCUUAUGGCUUCAGACACCACCCAAAUGCCCAAUGUAAAAAUCCAUCAAGAUGACACAGCCACUCUGCUUUACUCCUCUGGCACCACAGGCGUCAGCAAAGGUGUCCUUUCUACCCACAGAAAUCUCAUAUCCCUGGUGUGCGUUGUGCUGACACGUUUCAAAAAGGCUACUUUUGUGUGCACUGUGCCCAUGUUUCAUAUAUACGGCUUUGGUGCCUUUGUUUGUGGGUCGCUUGCCUCAGGAUCUACUACAGUUGUUCUGUCUAAGUUUGAGUUAAGUGAUAUGCUUGGGGCUGUUGAGAAGUAUAGAGCAAACUAUUUACCACUGGUGCCUCCAAUUUUAGUAGCUCUGACAAAAACAGAUAUUUCCAGCAAGUAUGGUUUGGGGUCUUUGGAUACUGUCCUCUGUGGAGGAGCUCCCUUGGACAAAGAAGCUACUCAAGAAUUCAUUUCCAAGUUUCCCAACAUUGCACUAUUGCAGGGUUUUGCGAUGACAGAAACAAUGGGGAUGGGAGCGUCUAUGGACACCGUAGAGGAAAGCAGACACUAUGGAUCAGUUGGGAUGAUCAGCCCAAAUAUUGAGGCAAAGAUUGUGGAUCCUGAAUCUGGCAUUGAUCUUCCUCCAAACCAAAGGGGAGAGUUGUGGCUUCGUGGCCCAAGUAUCAUGAAAGGCUACUUCAGCAAUCCAGAAGCUACUUCUUCAGCUCUGGACAAAAAUGGCUGGCUGCAUACGGGAGAUAUCUGUUAUAUUGAUACUGAAGGCUAUGUAUUUGUAGUAGACAGGCUGAAAGAGCUAAUAAAAUACAAAGCUUACCAGAUUGCUCCAGCUGAAUUAGAAGCAAUUCUACUUUCUCAUUCUGAGAUUGCUGAUGCCGCGGUGAUACCGUUUCCAGACAAAGAAGCAGGCCAGGUUCCAAUGGCAUAUGUAGUUAGGAAACAGGGCAGCACACUCUCUGAAGCUACUGUAAUUGACUUUGUUGCCAAACAGGUUGCGCCCUACAAGAAAGUUAGAAGGGUGGCUUUUGUGAAUGGGAUUCCAAAAACUGCAGUAGGAAAGAUAUUAAGAAAGGAUUUGAUUAAACUUUCAACAUCAAAGCUCUGAAACUUCCAAGAUCAAACAAAGAGUAAAAGGGAUUUGAAUAAGCAGGAAGAGCAAUAUAAUUUGAACAUGUGACUGAAACCACUGCAAGCAGGUUACUUUCCUGCAUAUGUGGAAUGUUGAUAAUGAUAAAGAAUGCAAGUUUAGAGUUUUUCCAAUCAGCGACAUAAUCUAAUUUGAUGAUGUGAUGAGUGGACUACCCAGACGAUGUUGAGUGCAGUGAUAUCAAAAUAAAAAGUAUAGAUAAGCUAUGUAAUAAAAAUGAAGCUAUUGGAGACAAAGAAUAUAAUAAAUUAAAUUUUACUAUUAA